AUGACCCUCUCCGGCGGCGGCAGCGCCAGCGACAUGUCCGGCCAGACGGUGCUGACGGCCGAGGACGUGGACAUCGAUGUGGUGGGCGAGGGCGACGACGGGCUCGAGGAGAAGGACAGCGACGCGGGCUGCGAUAGCCCCGUGGGGCCGCCGGAGCUGCGCCUGGACGAGGCGGACGAGGUGACGCCAGCGGUACCCCACCACGGGCAGCCUCAGCCUCCGCACCAGCAGCCCCUGGCAUUGCCCAAAGAGGCGACUGGAACCGGGGCUGGGCCAGGGGGCGAGGCGGGCGCUUCCGAAGCUGACGGCUGCAAGGGCGGCGUUGGCAGCGAGGAGGGCGGCGGGAGCGGCGGCGGGCCCGGCUCGGGCAGCGGUGCGGCGGGAGGCCUGGCCCCCAGCAAGCCCAAGAACAGCCUGGUGAAGCCGCCCUACUCGUACAUCGCGCUCAUCACUAUGGCUAUCCUGCAGAGUCCGCAGAAGAAGCUGACCCUGAGCGGCAUCUGCGAGUUCAUUAGCAACCGCUUCCCUUACUACCGGGAGAAGUUCCCCGCUUGGCAGAACAGUAUCCGCCACAACCUCUCUCUCAACGACUGCUUUGUCAAGAUCCCCCGCGAGCCGGGCAACCCGGGCAAGGGCAACUACUGGACCCUGGACCCGCAGUCCGAGGACAUGUUCGACAACGGCAGCUUCCUGCGGCGCCGGAAACGCUUCAAGCGCCACCAGCAGGAGCACCUGCGCGAGCAGACGGCGCUCAUGAUGCAGAGCUUCGGCGCUUAUAGCCUGGCGGCGGCAGCAGGAGCCGCGGGGCCCUACGGCCGCCCCUACGGCCUGCACCCCGCGGCCGCGGCUGGCGCCUACUCUCACCCGGCUGCUGCGGCGGCAGCGGCAGCGGCCGCGGCGCUCCAGUACCCAUACGCGUUGCCGCCAGUGGCACCCGUGCUGCCGCCUGCCGUGCCGCUGCUGCCCUCGGGCGAGCUGGGCCGCAAAGCGGCUGCCUUCGGCUCGCAGCUCGGCCCGGGCCUGCAGCUGCAGCUCAACAGCCUGGGCGCUGCGGCGGCAGCCGCGGGCACGGCGGGCGCUGCGGGCACCACGGCGUCACUGAUCAAGUCCGAGCCGAGCGCGCGGCCGUCGUUCAGCAUCGAAAACAUCAUUGGCGGGGGCCCGGCGGCGCCCGGGGGCUCGGCGGCGGGCGCUGGGGGCGCCGGGGUAACUGGGGGCACUGGGGGCGGUGGGGGCGGCAGCGCAGCACAGUCCUUCCUGAGGCCGCCCGGGACCGUGCAGUCCGCGGCGCUCAUGGCCACGCACCAGCCGCUGUCGCUGAGCCGGACGACGGCCACCAUCGCACCCAUCCUGAGCGUGCCGCUCUCUGGACAGUUCCUGCAGCCAGCAGCCUCGGCCGCGGCUGCUGCCGCCGCUGCAGCGCAAGCCAAAUGGCCCGCUCAAUAGGGACGGGCCGGUGGCUGGGACCGAGGGCCGGGCGGCUGCCCG